AUGGCCAAUUAUCUGCUUUUGCUAGGAGAGCCGUGCGAUCGAGUUGAGGCUGCCCACGUAGGCGGGGUAUCGCAAAAUGCCCCUCACUUUUCAUCCUCACACGGUCCCACCUUCGUCAAAAUCCGAGAUGGCCCCUCUGAGCAUACCAGAGGGAGACUACAAAAAGACAUUCUGGCCAUUUCUAUCUCUGGCUGUGUAGAUGCAAUACUCAAAUGCGGCACAUCUGCUCAUUCCAGCGCCGCAAAAGUCUUCAUAUCUGCCACAGCGGCCAUAGAUACUGCAACAAGUUCCAUGCUUGCCAGCACACUUGCGAUUCCCGUUUGCAUAUCCGCAGGUCCCAUCGGUGGUGUACACCUUGUGGCCCCAGCAAAUACCCUCCCAGCAAGUGCCGGGAGCACAAUCUAUGCUGAAGCACGGUGUACAGGUCUCGGAGUUGCAGCAUUGCCCGUCAGUCCCGACACAGGUGACCCCCGGGCGCGACGGGCCACAGAUGCCAUCCCACGCCCUUUUUGGUUCAACAACUAA